AUUAGCAUGGAAGAGAAUGCUUAUAUUUCUUUUGCGGCAGAUGCACCUAACGCUAUAUCAUGUCAGUGAUAUAGUCAGCGAUUAUAAUGUAUUAAUUAAAUACAACUGGUAUGAAAACAUUGCAUACAAAGAAUUUUAUUUUAAUUGCAGUUAGCGAAUCAAGGUAAAAUAAAAAAUCAGAAAAGCGCGUACGACUCCAGAUAUUAAAGUUAAAAUUGGCAAACGCAUCAAUCUUGAGAAACUCGAAUGCACGACGCGAGUUCCUCGAGCUAAAGAUACCUCGAUGCCCAGGAUAAUGGUGAAGAAGCCUUAGAGAGUGCGAUGGACGAUGCCAAGGCGAAGUUUGUAAAUGGCGCACUUGAACAUGAAAUCGUUACUGGGAAUGGAUUGCUCGUGAAAUUUGUUUCGCUGGUAUUGGAUGUAUGCCAGUAUCCCGACAAGUAUAACAACGAAAAUGUACUCAGCAAAAUGAUGACGAUAAGCUCUGAAUUUUGCGAACAAUCUGUGCAACUUUUGAUCACCAGAUUGGAGCGAUCGCCGCAUUCCGGGAUCCGAUCAAAUAUAUGCUGAUUGGAUUAAGUGAUCUCGCUACUAGGUUCUUUAA